AUGGCACCCAGGUUCGUGACAGGAUGGCGGAGAUUCGUCCCAGCUAUCGGCUACCACCAUGUGCUCAUGAUAUUCAUUGCUAUUGCCAUCAUCCUCCUCUCACUACUUCUCGCAGGAUGCUCUUCGACAUCUCCACUCAUUCCGGACAUUUACCUCAUAUCACUGUACUACCACCAGUACGCCCCGGUUUUUAGUACUGUGCAGGUGGACCCAGCGGUCACGACAGCAAUAGCCAACAUUGUGGGAAAUGCAGACCUCAACGUGCGGGUGGGCUACUUUGGCAUUUGCAUCAGAGCGGAUGGUGGAGCAUGGAUGUGCAACCAAAAUUCAACGUCCCUGGCAGACCUGGUCAGCAUCGAUCAGGAUCCGCUCAACUUGAUAUGGGUCGCCAGCACGUUCAAGAACGCAAUCGUGUUCCCAUAUUUACUGAUCAUCGCCAUUGUCCUUGCCUUCCUCACCUUCCUGCUGCUGGCGACAUUUCCAGGUUGGCACUCGAGCAUCGGCCCCGAUGGCUCUCAACAGGAAGUCCGGCCUUUCCCGUCGAGGGCUGUAUCCCAAGUCGCAUUGGCCACCAUCUUCAUUGCAUCGGUUUUUGUGUUGGUGUCCGUGAUGUGGCAGCAUACCGCAGCCGUGGCGGCCAGCACGGUGGCCCAAGAUCUUGGAAACGGAAGUGUCAAAUCCGGAGUGGGGACAGCAGCCAUGGUUCUGGGCUGGUUCGGCUUCGGGCUUCUGGUGAUUGUCACGCUUGGGUUGCUGGUGAUGAUAUUGAGUAUUCAGUUACUGGAUCGCCUGACGGACGAGGUAUGGUUGAUUGCCGUUUGUUGA